AUGCGCGCGAUGGUAGACAACUUUCCCGAGGUUCUGCAGAUGGACUGCACGCAUCAGACAAAUCAAUACAACUACCAGCUUUUCACGAUUGUAGCUAUGGAUCAAUAUGGCCAAGGGCAACCGGUGCAGUACUCCCUCAUUGAAACGAAUGGCGAUUGGCACAUGUCAAAGUGUCUCGACCACUUCAAGCGUGCAAAUGAGCACUGGCGGUUCGUGCGGAUAGUCAUCGUCGACAAGGACAUGCGCGAGAUCGAUGUGAUUCGCAAGAAAUUUCCGGAGGCGCGGAUUCUUCUCUGCCACUUUCAUGUCAUCAAGUGGCUUCAUGAAACCAUCAAGAAAUCGCAGACCUAUGGAGCCUACGAAGCAGAAGUUUUGACGCAGAUGAAGCACACCAUCACGAACAUGACAUACUCCAGAACUGAGGAAGACUAUGUGCGGCAUCGGGAUGAGUUCAAGAGUCUGGCCUCGCGGAAUGGUCGUGUGGAGCUAUGGGAGUAUUUCGACAAGAACUGGAAUGCGUGCCGAGAGAUGUGGGUGAUGGCUUACCGUGUCGAUUUGCCACACUUCGGCAAUCACACGAAUAAACGUGUCGAGAGCCUAUUCGGUAAGCUGAAGCGAAAGCUGAAAGACCAUCUAACUAUGCGCGCUAGUCUGGAGGUGCUUCUGGAAUAUCAGCGCCGCAAAGAAGAAGCCUAUCGGUCCAAGGUCGGUAUGCCGGGUACCCUGAGAGACGCCUCGUACCCUGAGGAGUUGAACGUCGCUCUGGGCAUGACCACGAGGUGGGUAGCAUUUGCUCUGAAGACACAAUUUGACAUUGCUACGAACCCCGGGGUUGUCGAUACCUACGCUUUCAAGGACAAUGGCGCUACUAUCACCGUACAAAGCGAGGAGAACGAGUAUCUCCUCGAGAAGGAAGGCUGGGUGUGCGACUGCGAGUUUUCGCAGACUAUGAAGCUUCCGUGCAGACAUGCAAUCGUCUACAGAAAAGUGUGUGGAAGCCCCUUCAUCAUCCCAUUCUCAUCCAUUUCGCCCAGGUAUGUCCAGUUUUUCUAUGAGUAUUGA